CGGCCCGCGUGACCCACCGUCGCGCCCGUGCGCCCGCGAGCCCGCGCCCCGCGCCGGCCCAGCCGCAGGAUGCGCGCCCCGCCGCUGCUGCUACUCCUGGCCGCCUGCGCGCCGCCGCCCUGCAGCGCGGCCGUCCCGACGCCGCCUGGCUGGGAGCCGGCGGCCGACGCGCCCUGGUGCCCCUACAAGGUGCUGCCCGAGGGCCCCGAGGCGGGCGGCGGGCGCCUGUGCUUUCGCAGCCCCGCGCGCGGCUUCCGCUGCCAGGCGCCCGGCUGCGCGGCGCACGCCUCGGCCGGCCGUUCGCUGCGCGCCAGCGUCCUGCGCAACCGCAGCGUCCUGGUGCAGUGGCGCCUGGCGGCGGCCGAGGCGCGCCGCGUACGCGCCUUCGCGCUCAACUGCUCGUGGCGCGGCGCCUACACGCGCUUCCCGUGCGAGCGCGUGCUGCUCGGCGCCUCCUGCCGCGACUACCUGCUGCCCGACGUGCACGACGGCGUGCGCUACCGCCUGUGCCUGCAGCCGCUGCCGCCGCGCGCCGACCCCGCCGCCGCGGAGCCGGCGGGGCCCGCCGAGUGCGUGGAGUUCGCCGCCGAGCCGGCCGGCAUGCGGGAGAUCGUGGUGGCCAUGACGGCGGUGGGCGGCUCCAUCUGCGUCAUGCUCGUGGUCAUCUGCCUGCUGGUGGCCUACAUCACCGAAAACCUCAUGCACCCGGCCUUCGGGCGCCCGGGCCUGCGCAGGCAGCCCUGAAGGCUGGCGGCCCGCGCCCUGCUCCCCGUGCCUGCUCCCGCCUUAGGGUCUCCACGCAGGGCCCGCUCCAGGGCCUUGGAGUCAUUGCACGACCUUCCCAGCCGGGCAUCCUCCUCCCAGACUCCAGCUUGGGACUGGCCCGUGGCCUGGGCGAGGGGUGACUGCCGCGCCCAGGACUCUCCCCGCUCUCCAGAGGCCUUUAUAGGGGCCGCCAGGGCAUAGAGCCCCUUCUAGUAAGAGCCAUUGGGCCGUCACCCUGCACCUCCGGCCUGUGCCAAGUCGGGAGAGCCAGGCUGUCGUCGUUGCUUUGUCACUGUGUGCUUUGCCGGUGCAGGGGGCCCCUGGAGACUGCCCUCUCCCCUCCCACCCCUGUGGGCUUAGGGUAGCUUCGUGCCUUAGCAUCUCGGGCCCACUGUGGGAGCCCACUACCACAUCUCCUGUGCUGUCCAACCAGGUCUGUGGCCCUGAGACUGGCUGGCUUUGUGUGUGCUGCUGGCCAGACCCCUCUGGGGAUCCCCCUUUCAAGCUUUGCAGGAGCGUCCUGUGGUAUUUCCCUACGUGGGUGUCUGACGAGCUGGGAGCCAUGUCGUAGCUCAACAGCUGAGGCCCAGUGUCCAGCUGCUGUGUGCUGGCAGAGCAGAAAAAUAGAUGCCAGCCCUGCCCAGCUGGACUUCCUACUGCGGUUCGAUCCCUAGCCUCAACCACGGCAUGAUGGACAGCACCGCCCAGACCGCACCUCGGGUGGUGGCCAGGAGCCCAGGAUCUGGCUGGUCUCAUUGCUACUUGCCCACCCACCCGCCCUCGACUGGAGGUUGGCCUCACCCCUCUCCUGGCCUGGGCACCCUGUUCAGGGCUGCUUCCUUUUCUUCCCACCUGGUGGUGCUGGUGCUGGGAGGGGCAGGGCGCACCCAGCUGACUGUGACCAUCCCAGACCUGGCACAUCUGGAGUCACUGUGGCUGACCCUCCCCACCCUCGCUCCAGCGGCCCCAGACCUUCGCUGGUGACCGCUCCCUACCUCUGUCUGCUCUGCCUGCCCCUGGCAUGGCACUGGUCAGGUGUGAGCCUGGGGCCAGUGUCUCAAUGUCCAUCAAUCUUAGACCAAAA